AGUGUUAACGGACGCGCCUCAUACAUUCGGUCGGCUCACACCUUUACCUCCGUGACUUUGAUGGGGACUUGGGCAACAGGGAGAGAAAAUGCCUGUGAUGAAAGGAUUACUUGCGCCUCAGAACACGUUUCUAGAUACCAUAGCCACACGGUUUGACGGCACACACAGCAACUUCAUCCUGGCUAAUGCCCAGGUGUCCAAGGCCCAAGGUUUCCCCAUCGUCUACUGUUCUGAUGGCUUCUGUGAGCUCACAGGCUUCUCCCGCGCUGAGGUCAUGCAGAAGAGCUGUGCCUGUAAGUUCCUGUAUGGCCCGGAGAGCAGCGAGGCCAUCAUCCUCAGCAUCGACGACGCCCUGGAUGAACGGAAGGACUUCAAGGAAGAAAUCAUGUUCUACAAAAAGGCUGCGUCAUUGUUCUGGUGCCUGCUGGAAAUUGUCCCCAUUAAGAAUGAGAAGGGAGACGUGGUGCUCUUCCUGGCUUCAUUUAAAGACAUCACAGACAACAAGGCCAAGGCCAUCCCAGAGGGCAAGAGAGAAGAGCGCCGACAAGGGGGUCUGAAAACUGGCUCUUCGUUCAGUUCGACUCGUCUGCGGAGCAGUACUGUACUCUACCACAUCUCUGGUCACCUCCACAGCAAAGACAACAAGAAGAGGAAGAAGAGCAAGAUCAAACUCAACAAGAAUGUGUUUGGGGACCCCCCUGCUCUGCCAGAGUACAAGGUGGCGGACGCCAAGAAGUCCAAGUUCAUCUUGCUUCACUUCAGCACCUUCAAGGCAGGUUGGGAUUGGCUGAUCCUGCUGGCCACCUUCUACGUUGCCGUGACAGUGCCCUACAACGUCUGCUUCAUCGGAGACGAUGACCUCACCAGGAGCACUACAGUCAGCGACAUCGCUGUGGAGAUACUCUUUAUUAUAGACAUUGUGUUCAGUUUCCGUACCACUUACGUGAGUAAGUCUGGUCAAGUGAUUUUCAGUGCGCGGUUGAUCUGCAUCCACUACAUGACCACGUGGUUCAUCAUUGACCUGGUCGCCGCGCUGCCCUUUGACCUCCUCUAUGCCUUCAAAGUCAGCGUGGUAUCAGUAGUCCACCUGUUGAAGACAGUGCGUCUGCUCCGGCUGCUGCGUCUGCUCCAGAAGAUGGACCGGUACUCCCAGCACAGCACUGUGGUGCUCACCCUGCUCAUGUCCAUGUUCGCCCUGCUGGCCCACUGGAUGGCCUGCAUCUGGUACGUCAUCGGCAAGAAGGAGAUGGAGGCCAACGCCUACUCCUGGGACAUUGGCUGGCUCCAUGAGUUGGGGAAGCGUCUAGAGUCUCCCUACGACCCCCUGGGGGAAGUGAACGGGACGGGGCUGAGCGGUCCCUCUCUGAGGAGUGUCUACAUCGCUUCUCUCUACUUCACCCUGUCCAGUCUGACCAGCGUGGGCUUCGGCAACGUGUCGGCCAACACCGACGCUGAGAAGAUCUUCUCCAUCUGCACCAUGCUCAUCGGAGCGUUGAUGCACGCCCUGGUGUUUGGUAACGUGACGGCCAUUAUCCAGCGGAUGUACUCUCGCUGGUCCCAGUACCACACCCGUACCAAGGACCUGAAGGACUUCAUCCGAGUCCACCACCUGCCCCAGGGCCUCAAACAACGCAUGCUCGAGUACUUCCAGACCACAUGGUCCGUCAACAACGGCAUUGACUCCAACGAGUUGCUGAAGGACUUCCCAGAUGAGCUGCGCUCUGACAUCACCAUGCACCUGAACAAGGAGAUAUUGGAGCUGUCUCUGUUUGCCUCGGCCAGCAGGGGGUGCCUGCGCUCCCUGUCCCUGCACAUCAAGACAACAUUCUGUGCCCCUGGGGAGUACCUGCUGCGCCAGGGGGACGCCCUGCAGGCCAUCUUCUUUGUCUGCUCUGGUUCCAUGGAGGUGCUGAAGGAUGGCAUGGUGUUGGCUAUACUGGGUAAGGGUGACCUGAUCGGGGCCAACAUGUCUAUAGAUGACCGGGUGAUAAAGACCAACGCAGAUGUGAAGGCCCUAACAUACUGUGACCUGCAGUGUAUCAACCUGAGUGGUCUGUAUGAGGUACUGGACCUCUACCCAGAGUACACCAGCCGCUUUGUCCAAGACAUCCAUCUGGACCUCACAUACAACCUGAGGGAGGGACACGAGUGCCAUGUCAUAUCCAGAUUGUCCACCAAACCAUUGGACACACAGACAGAGGGGAGAGGCAACGGACGAGUGAUCCAGUCCUAUCCAUCCAUCAUUGAGAACCAGGAGGAAGAGGAGGAGGAAGAUGAGUUGGCAUCUGUAUCUCCGGAAUUGGUGCGCAACAGCGUCCUGUACACUAGAGCGGUGUCUUCUGGGAAGUCUCCAUCGGGUAGAGCCGGGAUGGAGAGAGAGUUGCACAGCGGCAGAGAAGUAACACACCAGAGCACUAGGAAACUGAGGGAGAAGAUCCAGAUCCGCCAGACAGCUCUCACCAUGCUAGACCCCUCCAACCUCAGCCCUAGGGUUGUGGACGGUACAGAGGAUACUGAAGGUACCGAGACGUCUCCAGUGUUCUCCUUCUCUCCUAGUCGAGCCUGUCCAGUCAGCGGUCCAGGGAAUGCACCUGCCACAUUUACAGGUCCCCACAACCAUAACCACAAUGACAACCACAACCCCCACCACCACAAUCAAAACCACAACAACAACCACCACCACAACCAUCACUAUGACCACAACCAGCACCAGAACCACAACCAGCACCACAACCAUCACCACAACCACAGUUACCUGUCCAACAUUGUAAUCGGUAACGAGGCACUGGAGGACUUGUCAGACAUGGAGAACAUGCUCCUGAAGCGAACAGGAAAAGACAAGGAUGUCGUCAAGGUAGACAAACAUGAACCGGUUCACCAUGUCAUGGAGCACAUCAUUGACCAGAGCCUGGAACACUGCGGGAGUGUUGAUAUUCUCCAGAUCAGCACAGCAGAGUCAGCAGCUAAAGCUGAGGAGACCUGGGGACAACUACGGCACCUAGACCAGGAGGUGAGUUCUCUGGGGAAGGAGGUGGCAGAGCUGGGCCAAGUAAUGAGGAGUAUGGCUCACCUGAUGGAGUCCCUCAUCUCCGGACCCAAACCCCUCUAUCCUGCACACUUUGUUCCUGGACACCCCACGUACCUGUCCCACCCUGCGCCCACAUCCCACGCCACCCCCCCACAGUCCUAUCCUCCCCCCUCUCAGACUGGACCUCUCUGGGAAGACACCCCCCUCACCACCCCCUCUCCUUGCACCUCUCCACUUGUUGGUCAUGUCCAGCGGCAUCCUGGGAUGUUCCACGUGGAUCCCGCCCUGACCGCUUUUCCACACAGACCACAGAACCUCCACCUGGUCUACCCUCUGUGCCCUGGCUCGGCCCCCUCCCCCCUUUCACGCCCCUACCCCCCCUCCUUCUCCCUCACGGACGCCUCAACAGAGCUACUGCUCCCCUCGCCCCUCACCUCUCCCGGGACGCCCCACUGUGGAGAGGGAGGGGGCGCUGGGUCCUUCAGGUUGCGGGCACGGAGUCUGGAGACCCCACAGCCACCGCGUGAUAGGAGAGGAGGGGCCCCUCAGAGCUCCGGGAGCCUGCCCCGCCCUGGAGGGAGCUACCAGCACAUGGAUUUGUAG